GCAAUAGAGUCUCUCUCACUGAUAGAUGCAGUAAUGCCUGAUGUGGUACAAACAAGACAACAGGCCUACAGAGAUAAACUUGCACAACAACAGGCAGCAGCUGCUGCUGCUGCAGCUGCAGCUAACCAACAGGGCUCUGCAAAAAAUGGAGAAAAUACUGCAAACGGCGAGGAGAAUGGAGCGCACACUAUAGCAAAUAAUCAUACGGAGAUGAUGGAAGUGAUGGAGAUGUCCGAAAUCCCUCCUAACAAAGCAGUGGUGCUGCGUGGUCAUGAAUCUGAAGUAUUCAUCUGCGCCUGGAACCCUGUUAGCGACCUUCUGGCCUCAGGUAUAGGAGACCACACUACACGGAUAUGGAACCUCAGUGAAAACAGCACUAGUGGCUCCACGCAGUUGGUUCUUCCGACAUUGUAUACGAGAAGGUGGCAAGAUGUACCAAGCAACAAAGAUGUGAUCCUGGAUUGGAAUGUAAGUGGAAAUUAUAAUACGCUUCUAGCAACUGGGUCGUAUGAUGGAUUUGCAAGAAUAUGGACUAAAUCAGGUAAUCUUGCCAGCACCUUAGGGCAACAUAAAGGACCAUUUGCAUUAAAAUGGAACAAGAAGAACUUCAUUUUAAGUUCCGGAGUGGACAAGACCACAAUUAUUUGGGAUGCCCAUACUGGAGAAGCCAAGCAGCAGUUUCCCUUUCAUUCUGCACCAGCGCUAGAUGUUGACUGGCAGAGUAACAACACAUUUGCUUCUUGCAGCACAGACAUGUGUAUUCAUGUCUGUAAAUUAGGACAAGAUAGACCUAUCAAAACCUUCCAGGGUCACACAAAUGAAGUAAAUGCAAUCAAAUGGGAUCCUACUGGUAAUCUUCUGGCAUCCUGUUCUGAUGACAUGACUUUAAAGAUUUGGAGUAUGAAACAAGAUAGUUGUGUCCAUGAUUUACAAGCACACAACAAAGAAAUUUAUACUAUCAAAUGGAGUCCUACAGGACCAGGAACAAACAAUCCAAAUGCCAAUCUUAUGUUAGCAAGUGCAUCCUUUGAUUCUACUGUUAGGUUAUGGGAUGUAGACAGAGGAAUUUGCAUCCACACUUUAACAAAACAUCAAGAACCUGUGUACAGUGUAGCUUUCAGCCCUGAUGGCAGGUACUUGGCCAGUGGCUCUUUUGACAAAUGUGUUCACAUCUGGAAUACACAGACAGGUGCUUUAGUUCACAGUUAUCGGGGAACAGGAGGGAUUUUUGAGGUUUGCUGGAAUGCAGCAGGAGACAAAGUUGGAGCAAGUGCUUCAGAUGGUUCAGUUUGUGUAUUAGACCUACGGAAAUAGCGCUACUAGUUGGAAGCCAUGGACCGACUAUGAAUGUGUACAUAGCCAAAAUGACUGUCCCUAACCCAUGUACUGCUAUAGUCCCAGUUGAACCAUGGCCAGUCCAGUACAGCCAAAUCUAAAAGAAAUAUAUACAUAUACUGUAUAUAAAAUAAAAUAAAGAUUACACCCUGAAGAGGAUGACAGAGUUUUGUCACAGCUUGUGAAUCCUGUUCACCAAGUGCUGGAAUCUGCCUGUGCCCCAAAAUAACAUUUAGAAGUUUCGCGUAUGAAAAACAGAAGAGAGAGAAAUAUACCAUACAAGAGCAGACCAUACAUGUACCAAAUUUGGAAGAUACUAAUGACAGCCUUUAUUUCUCCCUUUUUAAUCCAGAGUCGCAAUGGUUUGUGGUUUUGUUUCCCCUCCCCCUUCUCAGUAGUUGAGCAGUUUGCGUGUACAGAGAAAAUGGACUUGCAUAAACCUGCAGCGGUAUUUUGUUCUUUGCUUUUAAACAUUUGGUUUUUUUGUUUCUUUUGGUUAAGUUUACGGAUGCAUGAAGUAAGGGAGUGAAUCGGUUCCUUGUUUGUUUUUUCACCUUUAAACAGAGCUUCUUUUAAAUAUAUUUUAAUGCAUUAUUUCAAGAGGUAGAGUGAACUUGAUAUUUGGUACAUUCUGUGGCUCCGAGAGCACAAUUUUGAGGGGGGUGUGGAAGAUGUGUUACUGGGUGAGAGAGAAAAGAAACUCACCUCUGAGAUGUGACAUUUCAUGUCCUGUUAAUCUAUAAAGUACGUCAGCAAUGGGUAUAAUGCUGUGGAUUUUUUCUAGUGACAUGGCUGAAAUGCAGUAGUUUCUUAUUUGGGACAUAAUUCUGCCAAAUUUAAGAAUAGAAGGGGGCGCGCGCGCGCGCACACACACACACACACACACACACACACACACCACACACACACACAACACACACACACACACACACACACACACACACACACACACACUACAGGGAUGCAAAUAAAUAAAUAAAAAUAUGCAUCUUCUGUUGUUUUGAGACCAUAGCUAAAUUAUGGUUAAAUUGUGCACUAUUGUGAAAAGGAGCAAAAUGUAGUUUUGGGGUUUUUUUGAGAAGGGGGGUGGUUGAUUGGUGGUUGGUUUUUUGUUUGUUUGCUUUUUUAAAAGAUUAAAAUCUUUUUGGAUGCGGGUUCAUGCCACAGCUUCUACAAGACUUGCCCAUCAUUGUUCGUAGGAGCUCAGAUGUCUAAUGUAACCAAAUUCCAGUAUUAAAAGUAUCUAAUGUAAUUUUUCCUUAUACAAAAAAAAUCUUUGGCAUAUAUUUGAUAACACUGCCGUUAUCAGGCAAAAUGUUUACUACCUUAGAUUUAAAAAAAACCUUUAAAACAGAAGACUUGCUUCAAGUUUAUUUUAAUAGCAGUGAUUCAGCUUAUUUAAGAGAUGAAUACUUGCACUAAUUCCCCUGCUGCUCCAGUCCUGCAAUUUGUUGUAUCUUGUGACUACAUUUUCCCCAAAUAUAAGGUAGAUGUAAGCUGCUAUUUUUUUAAUAAUCACUACUAUAUUGUGUCUUUUACUCUGUUUACAAUAUCAAAUAUUUUUCUUACAGCGACAUAUAUGUGGCAAACCUUUUUCUGCUCAUGUGAUUUAAAAGUAUAUUGAUAGUGAUUUUAUUUGUAAAUUAUAGCAUGAGGGUCGUGUUUAUGCCUAUAUGGAGUUGAAAGGGUUUUGUCUCGCUUAAGAUUCUAGGCGUAUAAAUCUCUAUAAAAAGAGGUUGUCAAAUCUAUGUCACAAACAUUUUACUUAAGAAAUGAUUUAUAUUAGAAAGCUUUGCAAAGUUAUCAGUUUUAUAACACUAUUUCAAUCACAAAUUAAUUUUGUGGCUUAUGAUCACUUAACUUUAACUUCUGUAGUUAAGUAUAAAUUGAUUUAACCCAAAUAAUGCAGCUUUUACAUUUUAACAGAAUUGUUCUUUAGGGAUUGAUUUCUGCUAUUGCCAGAGACUAACAUGACUUGAAGCAAGUCUGAGUUUGGCUAAGGUAGGGUGGCAGUUUGCCGGUGGUAAAGAGAAUACAUGCAUUCAUAAUAUGUACCCCAGUUAUUAUCAGUGGGGCAGGUAAUACACGAAUCUAAUAACAACCAAACAUUCAUAUCCAUAAAGGCAGUCAUCCAUGAUGGUUCUGUGCCAGCUGUUUUUAGGGUUUUGGAACAUAUUACUGUUUAGAACAACUACCCAGUGAGUUACAAUAUGUAGGAAACCUAAUAUGUUGAGUGUCUGGCACUUGAAAUAUCGCUUUUAUUGCUGGAGGUCCAUGAUUGUGGCUGACCUCUGUCAUUAUUAAGAAAAAAUAAAAAAAAAAUCUGUGCAAUAAUUUUAAACUGUGCUCCCAGGAAUAGACACAAAUGUUUUGAGUAUAUUUAAGCUGCAUUUUUCCUUUAGCAAUGCAUUUGUCGAUUGCACUGAAUUUAAAUUGAAAGUCAGAGGUGAUUCUUGAUAGUACUUUUGUAUUUUAAUAUGGACAGUUUAUUCAUUUUCAUACAAGUUAUUGGAUGGUUGUUUCAGCGAAUUUAAAAAAAAAUGUUGUGGAAUUCUGUGACAUAACUGCUAAACCACAGCCAUGUUUGAUGGUAUUGCCACAUUCUUUUUCUCAAUCUUCAGCUGUUUUAGUUUUGAGUAAAUCUAGUUGCUUAAGCAUAAUGUCAGGUAUCCACAGUUAGAAAAUACAGAGCUUCAUUACCACAGGACUGUGGGUUUUCAGAUGUUUGUAUACACUGCAGGAAUAUCAGUUUCAUAGGCCUGGGUGUCUCUGGAUACAUGAGCCAGACAUCAAGCUGGUGUGAAUCACCAAUGCUCUGCUGCAAUGGAGCUAUGAGGAUCUGGCCAGUAUAUUUUUUGCUGCUGUUCUGUAUCAACAUGCCACAGUGCUGCUCCUGUUCUGCACAAACUUCCUCUUGUCUCAUGUCUUAUACAGAGUUAACCAUGUGCAUGCAUGAUGUUCAUUUCCAUGUUUUAUGUGAGGCAAGGAGGAGUACCAUGGUCAUUAGAUUCUUUUCUAGUGCAGAGACUCGUAUAUAGUAGAACAAAGUAGAUUUUCCACACUCCUCCUUUUAAGGGGUACAUGCCUAAUGUUAUUAAGGCCCCAAUUCUGUGAAGACUUAAGCACAUGUUUAACUUUACAUGCUAAAGGUCUCACUGACAUCCAGUGGGGCUGCUCCCAGUAUGUGAAGUUAAAGGUGUAUAAAUCUUUGCAUAUGUUUGCUGGAAGAAAUGUUGACUUACAGAGUGAAUUCUUGGGAGGGAACUUCAGUUAGGGAAAACUGGGGUCACAUUUGUAGAUGGGAUGAGGCACAGCCUGCUGUCAUGUUUGCAAUCUUUUUUUUAUCAUCAACUUAGUAUUUUUUUUUUCCAUUUCUGUAUAAGGAGUUCCAGGUUUUCCUGGAGAUAUCAUCAUUUUCUAUUUUUACUUUGGCUCCUGUGAUUUAAAAUUGAUGUAAAGAGUCCCAACCCUUUGACUUUGUACUAUUGUUUACAAAGUAAUUAAGUCCUCAUAGAAACUUUUUUUUUUUUAAAUUCUUUUGUGGUCUUGAUAAUUCAGUUUGUUUGGAGAAUACUUCUUUAGGGGGUUAAAUGGUGUGUCUGGCAGAGGACUGGAACUCUUGUAUGAAAUACUAGAAGUGCCUCUUUUUCUGGGUUGAGGGAAGGAAGUAAUAAUUACCAGAGUUUGAAUGACAUGACAGUUGAAACAUGUUUCUGGAUUUUAGGACACUUUAGUGAAUCUUAACAGAAAGGCCAAAGAUUUGUAACAACUUCAAUUUUUGUUUUUAAAUGCAUUCCUUUUUCCUUACACUGCUUACCUCAUGUUAGGGUAUUUAAGGAGAUAUUGCUGACUUUAAAGCGUUCUCCAACUUUAGGAAGUGUAGUAGGUACAAUAGGGCUGUUGUACCAGUUCACCUUAAAGCUAUAGAGUAAUCUAACAGCUAAUGAAUUUAAUUCGGUCUUAUAAAGGAAUUUCAUUAGAAUUUCAAAAGUGGCUUUUCAGCUUGUAAAUAAAAGGUUGUAUGUUUCCUCUGUUUAGUAAAGAGAAGACAUAGGGGCCAGUUUUCCAGUCCUUACUCAGUCAAAAAUCCCAUCAACUUUUUCACUUCAAGGGGAAGCUUUUGCCUAAGUAAUCAUUGGAGGAUUGGGUCCUUCUAAGUAUUGGACAGUGUGACACUUGGGUAUAAUGGGCCAGGAAAAACUUAGUGAGAAUUGUGCCUGGGCAAGCUCUGCAGGCUUUAGCUCAGUAUUCCAUUUGCUUGGCAAGCAGUACUCUCCUACAGACUUCCUCUUCCUACCGAAAAUGCCUGUAGAAUUGUAUGAAGAGGGAUCUCCAGUAGUCUGCACAAAGCAGGAGCAAUAUUGUGGCAUGCUGGAAGAAAGUACUGGUUUGGGAGAUGGCAGUAAAUCUCCAUGAAGAUGCCUGGCAUUUUCCCUGGUGAAGAGGAAGGUGUGAUGCAGUUUUCACUCCUUCCUCUAGUGCAAACUCUGAAAUAUCACGUUCAAUAGUAACUUUUUCAACAUAAAUAUGAUUGAAGGCAGGCAAAACAACAGAAAAGUGCACCGUUUCUUUUUAAAAAUUGCAGAUUUUGUGUUAAUAGUGCUUCAGCUCCGUAGUUUUUGAAGAGCUACAAAAUUCUCCUUUUCAUCCUUUAAGUUUCCAGGGUUGAGGCCUGAUGAUAUUGUAGGAUAUUAAUUACUUUUUUCUUUUAAGUAACAAGCAUUUUUACUUCAUAAUGGUUUCCUGGCAUUAGAGGAUAAAUUCAGAAAAACAGUCUGCAUGUUGUUGCUAGUCCAGUAUAUUUUGCAGUCUUGUUUCACAACAGACUGCAGUGUGCAGAUUAGUAAUCCUAGAAUACAGAAAUAAUUUUUUCUCUCUCUCCUGACAUUCACACUGUAGUUGAAGUUACACAUCCUUUGGGUCUAAUUCUGUGAGCCUUCCUAUAGCACUGGAUUAAAAUGUCUGCAUCAUUUCUUCAGUUAUCCAGUUAAACUACAAUUGUUGUAAAAGUGUAAACCAGCCCAUGACAGUUUUUUGUACUUGUUUAAAGGACUUUUAUUGUUCAGUUUUCAUGAUUAUUGUCUAAAGGAGACUGAUAUAGAUGUUCUAUACUGUCCUGGACCAUGUUAAUUACACUAUGAUGUUAUUUUGGUUCUACAUCACAAUGAUUUGUCCCCAAAACCCAUAUCCCUUCUAGGCACAUUUUCUGUUGCAGUUUCCCUUUGCAUUGUAUUGCUCUGACAACUGUAAUUUGAAUCAGAUCUGAAAGAGGUCCAGAAUAAAAUAUAUUUUGAUAUUA